GAGAGAGAGAGCGAGAGAAAGAGAGAGAGAGCGAGCGCUGUAAUAGACGGAAGGAGCACGAACAGAAACAGAGAUACGCAUAACACAAGCCAUUCUGCAUAAGCAGACGAAGGUAAAGAGAUAUUUAUUUAUUCAUUCUCCAAUGCAUCAUAUGUAAUUAAUUUGUGGUAAAGACAGGCUAAGACAGAACAAUAGACAGAGACACGCUGCAGUGGAGUACAGAUAUGGAUGCCCAAUCGGAGAGCUGCGAGCCCCCACUAUGCGAUCCUCAGCCUCCAGGUAAAAUCAGAAAGGCCCUCAAGCUAUUCAGCAAGCGCAGGCCAGGCAGUGGGAUGGCCAACAUCUUUUCGAUGCGCAGCAAAUGUGAAGGGGGACCCAAAUCACCACCUUCGAGGAGCAAAACCCUGGAUGGUUUAACAGAGGCUGUGGCUCCAGAAGCUGAGGCAGAGUCAAUGGAUCUGGACCAGGAGGCCUGCCAAAAGGAGGACUCUCCAACGGAUGAGCCCACCAGCAGGGAGGGGAACCUGGGUUCGACCCCAACCAGACAGUCCAUCUCCUCCAUCACUUCUGCUAAAUCGCUGAGCUUCCUAAAUAUGCUUCGUUGGAGUCGGAAAGGAGGUGAGGGGGAACGGCAGACCCAGACUGAGUCACAGAGAGCUGGUCGCCAGAGAAAAGGUCUGAAGGGUCUCUUUGGAAGUGUACGCUGGCAUGGAAAAGACAGCGAUGGGAGUGAUCAGGUGGCACCAGGUCCACCACUUCUGGCCUCCCGCUCCAACAGUGUAGAAAUCAUUAAGGAGAACCUGACUCUCACCCCCAGACCGCCGCCUCGCUCUCCGGAUGGAUCGGAGUCUGAGCAACAACCCCCAGUAUCGCAGGAUGUGCCCACUUGCUCUGAGGACACUACAAAGGUGAGCGAAACUGCAAAACUACCAAUUAAUGAUAGGUUGAGCACACUGCUUGGAGAUAUCUCAUCUAUCUUGAGCUUUGAUUCCCUGACGGGUGGUGGAGAUAUUGUCGCGGACGUAGAAGCAGAAUGGAUGAAAGUCAGCAGUAGAGUGGAGGGAAGAGCAGGCACAGAUGAAGCUGUGAGGAAGGACAAGGCUUUGUCAGCUGCUAUUUCAGCUAAACUUAAACCUACCCUUUCUCCCACAUCUACGUCCUUUAGCAAACCCUCUUCUACAUCUACAGCAAAACCCAUUUCAUCCUUUACCACACCACCCAAACCCAUACCUAGCCCUACCACAAAACCCAGGGUUUCCCCACCAUCUUCACCAAGCCCUUCUACUUCAACUAAACCUGUCCCAUUCUCUACAUGUUCGCCUACACAUAUUCCCACAAAAAAACCCGACCAACCCUCUGAAACUUCUCCAUUCCCUUCUUCUAGCCCAUCAAUGAAACCCAUGUCCAUUGCUAUCACAAAAUCCCCUCCAACGACCCCAACUUAUUCAGCUGAACCUUCCCUUACCCAUACAUUUAUACUCACUCCUGAACCAUCAACCACACCAACCCCUACCCCUACCCCUACAUCUACCCCUACCCCUACGUAUACCCCUACCCCUAGCCCUGUUCCUGCUGUUGAUUCUGCCUCUGCUGCUACAACUGAAACUUCCAUCUCACCAACAGUUGAAUCUCCUGCAGAACCUAGUCCUGCUGCUGUCAUAACUGAGCCCACUCCCACCCCAACUGCUGCAACAAAACCCACCCCAACUCCUGCUCCCCCACCCAUAACAAAACCCAUUCAUUCUGCAGCCCAGGAAACAAGGCACAGUAGUGCUUCCGCAUCCAAAUAUCCGCCAUUCAACACAUCAAUCAAACCUGUCUCCACCGGUCCGAUAAACAGACCCAAAAUCAUCACCACCUUUGGAUUAUCGACAAGCCGCAACACUGCACCUAUCGUUAAACCUGAGACAAAGCAGUCCGCUCCGCAGCCAAAAUUAAGUCCCCCUCUAUUGCAAACUGACAAAGGUGGGUCAGUGUCAGCUAUGACAAAAGCAUCAACUUCGGAAUCCGGACCUCCUCAUUAUGCUCCAAAACCUCCACCUGCAACUAGUCCUCCAUCUUAUGCCCCAUCCAUGACAAAACCCCAAGCUCUAGCGGCUGCCCCUGCAAGUUCAUCUGCUACCUCUGUGAAGCCUACUCAUAAAGUGGAACACACUUCUCUCCCCUAUGGGCCUCCUUCAACACUCAUACCUUUCCCAGAUUCUUCUGCCACUGCUCCAAAAAGAGACAGAGAGCAGGAGGAUGUGGCAAGUCGAAGAGGAAUGGAAGAGACAGGCGUGCACAUUCGACCUCAGAAGUUAAAGACGUCAGGCCUCAGUAAAAUCCCUGUAAGUGGUGGUGGCCGACCUAAACAAUACCACAGAGAUGCCCAUUCCAAUGGCGAUGAGGGCCACUGGAACCUCCCUACUCCUGUGCAUGAAGAGGAGAGCCCAAUUUCUCUCUCACGAGAGAGUAGUAGCAAGGAAGCCCUGAGCGACUUCUCCACUGGUUCAGGGGCUGUUACUCCUACCCUGUCCCACAACCUGGAGGAUAUCCUGGACUCUGCAGUGCAUCCCACAGUGGAGGCAACCAGCUUACCCAGGGAGUCUAAGAUCCCCAUCAAACAUGGCUCCACUGCAACAUACCACCCUCUGCAGGGGAAAACGGAGACAACACGGUCCAAGAUCCCUGUCUCUAAAGUGCCCGUUCGCCGAACCAGCAAUAAGCCUGCACCCUCUGCUGCAGCCGUUCGAAAAUAACGGACGGUUUCACUUAAGAAUGCAAAACACAAAACAUUCCACUUGCAGCUGUUUGGAAUCUUCUAUUGUUUUCCUAAGCAGAUGUCCUCACAGGAACAACGCAGGAUUGUUGUUAUUAUUUUUUCAACUGAAAUGCAUUUGUGUUGACCACUCUAAAUGUACUGGGUGUAUCUAUUCAUAUUGUGUCACUGUAAAAGGCACCAAUGCUAUGGAUUUAAACCCUGUGCAUCACCAGGGAGAGAGAUCACAUAAAAGCCCAGAUAGAAUUAUCUCCAUGGUAACUUAUAAUGUAAACACUAAGGCAGACGUUGCAUCACAACACCCCUCACCUGGGAACCAAAGCCAUGUAGACCAAGCUGUGCAUCUCUUCAGUUCAUUAACCUUUGGAUUUGAGCACAUCACCAAGACCAAGUACAGCCAGCAGCUUACUAGAUGAAGGUGUUUGGCACUUAUGAGAGCUCUCCAUAAGCGAUCUAAGAUGGAGUCUUAUUUGUCCAGGUCAUGUGGUUUUUACUCAGGUCUGAACCAUCAGAGGGGUUUGUGUCACCACUUAUUGGUGCUUUUGUCCUGCCACAGUGAAGCAAAUCUUUUCUAAUGGAGAAUUUUUGUAGCCCUUGUUACUUCCAUUUUUGUAGACCUUUUUGUGUCUAAUGUCCUCGGUCCUUUUUUAAUAUAUAUAUAUUUAAGCAAACAUUGUGGAUCCAUGUUUUUCUCAGUUGGAACUCUAUGCUUAUGUGAAAAGAGGCUGAAUCUCUCUCUCUCACUACAUACAUGAACACCACGACAGGAUUUUUCGCCGUAUCUCUGAAUGUAUGUAGCAGAACGCAUGCCCUGUUUUUGAGCCGGAGCAGUCGUCAUGCUCCCCAUGCUUCAGCAGCUCUCUUCCCGUGUUCCCCUUUCUCUCUUUUUUUUUACACUGUGUUGGACAAUACAAGCAUCUGAAUACUUGUCAGUGAAAAACACUUUGACUUAUGGAUCUAACACUCGGGACAUAUUGGAUGGCCUGUCAAUAUGACUGGAGUACAGUUUGGAUAAGUUUUGAUGACAUAAGGCCUUGGGGCAUUGCUAGAGCUGUUUCAUGGACAAUCAGAAUAAUAGGUAAGGCUAUAUGUUUGCUGAGGGUGUCAGUCCGGCGCGAGAUGGUUAGAUCCUUUUGCCAAUGUCAAAUGCUUUGUGCACAUGGCUAGUAGAAGACUAUUUUUGUGUCUGUAUAUCUUAAUGUCAAUCUGUUUCCUAUUUAAUCAAUAAAACAUGACUAUACUUAGAACUUA